GGACAAAAUAAUUACUCCUCUCUCUGCCCAGUUGGAACACGAAGAAGGCCGAGAUUUCAUUUGGAAAUGCCUCCUCACCUCUGCAACCCAAAGAGAUCGGUGGGUUUCUCCUCAACUCAUUAUCCGUAACUACGGCACUUUUGCAUUUUUUCUGGACAAUUUUUCGAGACCUGAAAUGUGAGUUUGCGCUGAAAGCGACAGUAUAUUUUUGAAUUAGAUCGUCUUCUUGGAUGGAUUAUAUUCUACGUUGUUCUCGAUGUUGAGGUAUAUGAAAAGAGGACCGUUUCUUUUGUCUUUUGGGGGAGAGCGGUGAUGCAAUGGAUUUGGGUUUCUAAUGCCAACAAAGAGAGGAACAAAUGGUUUUUAUCUUAGUAGCUUUGCUUUUUGAUCGUUUCCUUUUUGUAUUUCGCUAAUGAUUUCGAAUGCUACAAACGCGUCUGACUUGAUUGAUGGUUUACGGAGCUAAAGGAGCUACCUUUAUUGGAUUCCAAUUUAACGAGAUAGCUUGUUGAGUUUUUUGGCGGAACGGCGGAAUCCUUUCCGAAACUGUGGAGAUUUGGGCAUUUUCUGCGAUCCUAAGCGCCAUGAGGAAUCUGUUCCUUGCUGAAACCUGCAAGGAAACGCAGCUUCAUGUCUUUAAUCCUCAGUCAUGGCUGCAGGUUGAGAGGGGAAAGGUCUCCAAUGUUUCCUCGCAUUCUCCGUCUUCUAUCGAGUCUCUUAUCAAGGUUGCAGAGCCGCCUGUUCUUCCGUUUUUUAAGCCAAUUGAUUAUGUAGAGGUCCUGGCUCAGAUCCAUGAAGAGUUGGAAUGCUGUUUGCCUCAUGAGAAGUCAGAAUUGUACUUGCAGCAGUUUCAGGUAUUUAGGGGUCUUGGGGAGGUUAAGUUGCCUCAGAGUAGCCUGCGCUCUGCUUUGGAGAAAGCUACCACGGUUUAUGAGAAGCUCAUUUUUGCAGCAUGGCUCAAGUAUGAGAAAAAAGAAGAAGAACCCAUCUCUGAUCUCCUUUCAUCAUGCAGGAAAUGUUCCCAGGAAUUUAGUAUCCUGGAUGUUGCUUCUGAAAUCCCUAUUCAGGCUUCAGAGCUAAUGAAUAACAGUUUGUCUGGUGAAAUAGAGAAAUCAAGCACUGUAUUCUUCCGUGUUAGAGAAGAGUAUAUAGCCUGUGAUCGGCAAAAGAUUGCUAAUUUGUCCCAUCCAUUCCAAACCAUGCUUCAAGGGUGCUUUACUGAGUCCAUUCAAGAAGUCAUAGAUAUGUCGGAGAACAGUAUCUCCCCAAUAGGUAUGAGGGCAAUAAGUGAUUUCAGUCUAUUUGGAAGUUUAAAUGAUUCAUUAUCUGUGGAUAUUUUAUUGGAGAUUUUGGUUUUUGCAAAUACAUUCUGUUGUGAGAGGCUCAAAGUGACAUGUGAUAGAAAGUUGGCAUCUUUGGUUUCUUCAAAGCAAGAUGCUGUUGAACUUAUGGAAUGUGCACUGGAAGAAAAUUCUCCAGUUCUUGCUGCUUCUUGUCUACAAUUUUUCCUUCAAAAUCUUGCUGAUUGUCUGCAAGAUGAGCAAGUAAUUAGGAUUUUCUCCACUGCAAAUAGGCAACAAAGGUCUAUCAUGGUUGGUCAUGCCUCAUUCUCGUUAUAUUGUUUUCUAAGUGAAGUUGCCAUGAAUGCUAAUCCCAUAUCGGAUGUUGCUGCUUCCUUUGUGGAGAAGUUGGUUGAGUGUGCCGUGAGUAGCAGGCAAAGACAGUUAGCCUUUCAUCAGCUCGGAUGUGUGAGGCUUUUGCGAAAGGAAUAUGAUGAAGCAGAAAGUCUUUUUGGUUCUGCUGUCGCGGCCGGGCACAUCUACUCUGUUGCUGGAUUGGCUAGAAUUGCUUGCUUCAAGAGUGAUAAGCAUUUGUCAUAUGAGAUGCUCAGUACUGUAAUUUCUUCUUAUAAUCCUCUAGGUUGGAUGUAUCUAGAGAGAUCUUUGUACACGGAGGGAGAGAAAAAAUGGGAAAACCUUGAUAAGGCAACAGAGUUAGAUCCUACUCUUCUUUAUCCUUACAUGUUUCGAGCAUCAUAUUUGAUGAAGCAGCAAAAUGUGGAUGCUGCUCUAGUGGAAAUUAAUCGUGUUUUGGGGUUCAAAUUGGCUCUAGAAUGUUUAGAAUUACGGUUUUGUUUAUAUUUGGCACUUGAAGAUUAUAGAUCCGCACUGUGUGAUGUACAAACAAUCCUCACAUUGUCUCCAGAUUAUCGAAUGUUUGAAGGACGUGUAGCUUCUGUGUUAUUACAAAUACUUGUUCAAGAACAUGUUGAGCAGUGUACAAUUGCUGAUUGUUGGCUUCAACUUUAUGAGCGGUGGUCAACUGUUGAUGAUAUUGGUUCUCUUUCAGUUAUCUAUCAAAUGCUUGAGAUGCCCUAUGCUGCAAAAGGUGUUUUAUAUUUUAGACAAUCUCUGCUUCUCCUUAGGUUGAACUGUCCUGAAGCAGCAAUGCGAAGCUUACAGCUUGCUCGUGAGCAUGCAACCAGUUUACAUGAUCGGCUGGUGUAUGAGGGAUGGAUUUUAUAUGAUACAGGUCACCGUGAGGAAGGGCUGCGCAAAGCUGACGAAUCGAUCUCCAUCCAAAGGUCUUUUGAGGCCUUCUUUUUGAAAGCCUAUGCUAUGGCAGAUUCAAGUACUGAUCCUUUAUGUUCUACAACUGUUAUCUCACUUCUUGAAGAUGCCUUAAGAUGUCCUUCUGAUAGACUUCGAAAGGGUCAGGCCUUGAACAAUCUUGGUAGUGUAUAUGUUGAUUGUGGGAAUCUAGAUCUGGCUGCAGAUUGCUAUAUGACUGCCCUCAGGAUUCAACACACCAGAGCUCAUCAAGGACUUGCUCGAGUCCAUUUCCUCCAAAAUAAUAGAAAUUCAGCAUAUGAGGAAAUGACCAAGUUCAUAGAGAAGGCCAGACACAAUGCCUCAGCAUAUGAAAAGAGGUCUGAGUACUGUGAUCGUGAGCUAACAAAAGCUGAUCUGCAGAUGGUGACCAAAUUGGAUCCGCUGCGUGUUUAUCCCUACAGAUAUCGAGCUGCAGUGCUGAUGGAUACUCAACAUGAGGAAGAGGCCAUUGCCGAGCUCAGCAGAGCAAUUGCCUUCAAAGCAGACCUCCAUCUGCUCCACUUAAGAGCCGCCUUCCACGAGCAUAUCGGAAACAUGGCCGGAGCUCUUCGUGACUGCAGGGCUGCCCUCUCUGUGGAUCCUAACCACCAAGAAAUGCUAGAACUCCAUAGCAGAGUGAACAGUCAAGAACCAUGAACGAAAUACUUACAUCAAUAGAACCGUCUUAAAUACUGCAAAUUCUUGGUUCUAGGCCCUUAACAGCAUCUGCAUUCUUUCUUUU